UCCUGAUUCCAUUCAAACCCCAUUCACCAUGGCCCCAACAGUGACCACGUCGCGCAUCUCCUUGGGGGAUUUGACUCCCAACAACAUUGGCCAAUUGCGUGUUCUUAACAGCACUCUGUUCCCUGUCAACUAUAGCGACAAGUUCUACAAGGAGGUGUUGGAGGUUGGUGAAUUUGCCAAACUUGCUUAUUUCAACGACGUCUGCGUCGGCGCUGUCUGCUGCCGAGUCGAACCCAUCGAUACCAACGAAAGCUCCUCCAAGCUUUAUAUCAUGACUUUGGGUGUCCUCAAGCCAUACCGACACUUGGGAAUCGGACGUAAGCUCUUGGAUCACAUCCUCGAGCAUGCUUCAACCAACAAUGAGCAGACCAUCACUGAGGUGUACCUUCAUGUCCAGACCACCAACCAGGAAGCCUUGUCCUUCUAUAAGAACCAAGGCUUUGAAAUCACUGGCACCACCAACAACUACUAUAAAAACAUUGACGACAAGGAUGCCUAUGUCUUGACCAAGCCUAUCCACCAGUGACUUUCCCUCACUGAUACAGCUAGCAUCCUGGUCAACACCUUCCAUGUCUUUAACACCACUCCCGUUACGUCCCGUUCCAUGUAUAGUCACUAUAAGAAACUGUGGAUAGAAAAAAGGCUAUCAUGAUAGACCACUUUUAAAAAAUGUUAUUUGUUAUAUUAAGCCAUGAUACCACAUAAUUCUCUAGGCUGAGGAGGGAUCAAAAAAAAAAAACUAGGAAGCACAAAAAUACCUAAAAGCACGCAAUAAAGCUCAAAAAAAUACAUUCAUGAUAUUCAGAA